AAGGCCUGUUUCUAGGAAGGAGGCGGGCUAUCAUAGAACAGCCUAUGGGCGGAGGAGGGGCGUGUCUAUGAAGGAGCCCCUCUGUAGGAAGCAGCUGUGGGUACGUGAGGGGCGUGUCAUUAGGUUUGCGUAUCACAAGGGAGGGUGGAGCCAAUAGAGGAAAGACUGCAUUUUUUUCUAAACUGCAGCAGCUAUCAGGAAGUGGGAUUGGAAUGACUGGAUGGUCAGUUUGUAUUGGGAAGUGAUCGGUGUUUUCUCCCUGGGCAAAGUGGUAAGGUUAAUGGGGAGCCUGACAGACAUCAGAAUCAGCCAAUGGGACUGGAGAGUUGAUACAAUGAGCGAGUCGUUCCUGUAGCUUGUGUGAAUGUGCAGAGCUGAUGGGUUAGACUAUACUGGUCUAUUCUUUGCUUGGUGGGGGGAGUUGGCUCUGGGCUGGUUUUUCUGUUGACUGAGAAAGUCUUUCAUUGUGAUCUGGGGGUGUUAUAUUUAUUCUGUGCCUGGGAUCCUUGUAACCAAUGAGAUGCCCAGAGUGGGUGUGUAAUAACCCAAUUCUAAUGCUAGUUACUGCUGCUUAAUUCCCUGAGUAUGGGGUGCAGAGUGUGAGGUUGUUAUGGUGGUGAAUCCCUUUCCUGAUUCCUCCUGUCAGAUCAUAAUGCCAUGAUUUCUGGGUUCUUGAUGACACAAGCAGGUACAAGUGAUGUCCUCUCUAGACACAGUACAGAUACUGUUGGGUUCUAGGUGUUACUCUGUGCCCAGGGAGCAGCUGGUGGCUCAGAGUGGUUUCUUCCAGGCACUAUUCCGGUCGGGAAUGAGAGAAAGUCAUGGGGAGCCGGUGACCCUGCAUGGUCUGACCCCUGAGGGCCUGGAAGGAGUUCUCCGCCACAUCACCGGGGGUUCCCUUCUGGAAUCUCAGGGGGAUUCGGAAUGUGGUUUCCAGGUUGUUUCUGUGGAAGGGACAGAGUGUUUCCCUCUGGAGGAUGAAUCCACAGACACCCUGGAGUCAUUGGGCCCUUUACAGGCCGUGGUGGAAGCAGCGUCCUACCUACAGGUCCAAGGUCUUCUGUCUGUCCUGCAGUCCACCAUGUCUCUGGACACUUGUCUGGAUCUGCUGGAUGUGGCGCAGUUGCACGGCCAAUGGGAUUUGGCGUCAGCAGCUUUGCAAUUCAUGGCUACCCAUUACCAUCCCAUGUUGAGGAGGAAAGACUUUCAGCAGAGCCCAGAGUCUCUCAAAAGCCGUGUGCUGGAGGAGAGGCUAAGAGGAACCCCUGCCCUGAUGGUCCUGUCCCAACAGGGCUCUGACAACUGGGUGCUACUAAGGUACCUCGAAGGAGGAGGUGGUUGGCAGGUCGUGUCCGGAGAGCUACCACAGAGUAUGCUGAGGGUGCAAUUCUAUGGGGCUACCACUCUCCAUAACUACCUCUUUGUGGCUGGAGGUAGGAGAGACAAUGGACAAGAAAUCAGUGCCGUGCACUCCUACAACCCGAGCAACGGGUGCUGGACUCAGGAGCCGUCCAUGAAUCAAAAGAGGUGUAAUUUCCGCUUGCUGGCUGUUGGUGGGGCCCUUUAUGCCGUCGGGGGCCAAACUCUGCAAAACAUGGAGUGUUACAUUCCUGCUCAAGACGCUUGGACUCCCGUGUCCCCUCUACCAGAAACACUGACCGAGUUCUCUGCAUGCGAAAGCCACGGGAAAAUAUACGUGGUGGGAGGUUACACGCCUUGGGGGCGUAACCUGAAUAUUUUGCGAUACUGCCCCUCGACUGACGAAUGGUGCGUGUUUGAUGUCUGCCAGUUGCAUGUUCGGAAGCAGCAGAUGGUGUCUCUGGAAGAGACUAUAUACCUGGUUGGAGGGUGUGUGCGUAACAUAAAGUCAGGCCAAAGCGAGGAUUCCUUGGGUAUUCACUCUUAUAACACGAAGACGAAAAUCUGGAAUUGCUUGAAGGUCAGUACGUCAAAAUCUGGACUGAGCGUCAACUGUGCGCUGCACAACGAUGGAAUCUAUAUUCUGAGUCGGGACAUGAGCCCAACAACGGGGGCAAGGCACCGCAUCUUUCUCAAAUACUUUGUGUUCACCGGGGGCCUUGAGUAUGUGCGUGGACCACCCUCUGAGGGGAACAACAUGCAGCUCUGCUCAUUGUACCUGCCUCAAGCACUAUGAAUAAUUUAAAGGGCCAGGUAACAAAGCCCUAAACUAUGGCCGACUGCUCCUACUACUAAUGCCAAUAGGAGAACAUCAUGCACUGACACAGAACACAGUUGCUUCAUAUUUGCACCUCCCCACAGUAUGAACUCCACCCCUUCCUCUGCUGGGCCCAACCUCUUCCACUGUUGGUUACAUUAUAAACCAGGGCAGCGAAUCGGACUGCAUUGUGCUUUAUUGAAGCUUCAAAGGCCAAAAGAAAGGAUAUUUAUGUUUACAUUGGUUAAAGUGCCCAGGCAUCAGAAUUAAUUUUUCCUUUAUUGAUUAUUGUUGGUAAAUAACCAGACCAAUUUAUUUACAUUCUUUUGGAUUAACAGAACUAAAUUGCAAUGAUAUUAAAACCAAGCCAUAUUAUCAUAA